AUGGUUGUAAAUUUGGGUAUUUUGAGUAUGAUGAUUAAUGUUAUGCAUGGUAAAUAUUUAAUAAUAUUAAGUCCUUCCAUAAUUACUAACUAAUUAACUACUUGCCUAGAAUGCAUAAAAAAUGUCAAGGGAUGGAUGCAAAACUCAUAUUGCUAAACCACACUUUAUAUAAAUACAAAUGGAAAUACAGUAAAAACAAUAUCUGAAGAGGAUUAUCAAUAUUAUAUUUUUGAUGGUUUCGAAUUUUCAAUAUGUAGAUUUUGUGAUUAAUAAUCUUUGCCAAAUGUUAAUACUAUGUACAAAAAUUUCAAUCUUCUAGUUUCAAAAUUUAAGUAAUUUUGCUAAACAAGCAAAACCAAUUUUGAUACAUCAUUUUACAAAAAUACUUGCUAUGAAUGUAAUUUACCAAAUUGUAAUAUUUGUUCUAUAGAAAUUACUGGAAUAAAAUGCAUUUAAUGUGAAACUUUUUUUAAAUUAAUAAAUGGAAUUUGUACAAGUGGGUUCGAAUUUCAAACGCAGAAUAGCUGCGUUUCCCCUAAAUAUAAAAAUUCAGUCGGAGAAUGCAAGCAAUGCCAUCUGAAAAAUUGCAAAUAUUGCUUUGAAUUUAAUAAGAACGAUUUAUCAAAAUGCACUCUGUAUGCUGACUUUGAUAAAUUUGAACUAGAUGAAAAUUUAUCUGUUGGAUGUGCAUUUUGCGAGGAAAAUUUAAUUUAUGAUUUUACUAUUGGAUAAUGUAUUUAUAAAUUAUAAACUUUGCCUAAUUGCUUAAGUUCUUUUAUUAACCAAUAGAAUUUAGAGAUAUGCACUUUAUCAUCUUCUGAUUUUACUAUUGCACCAGAAAUAAUAAAUUGUGAUAAGUUUAUCUAAAACUGUUUAUAAUGUCUUUUGACUCCGUAAUCUGUAGUAAAAUGCAUCAUUUGUGAGAGUGGAUUUACCAGUUCUAUAAAUAUAGGAGACUGUUAUCAAAAUUCAUUAGCUGAUGCAAAGGUAGUUAUUGAGGGGGAGAUAUAAACUUUUGAUGCUUGGGUUUAGAGAAUAUAAAGUUUUAUGAUGAAAUUUCUACCAAACUAGUAUUUUUACGUAAGACCUUAUGAUGACUAAACUGUGAUAUAAUUUUAAGUUGAAUGUAAGGAAGGGUACAAAUUAAAUGAUUAUUAUUAAUGCAAAAAGUAUUGCUCUUCUGAUUGUUUGAAAUGCGAAUUAUCAAUUAAUUCUGAUUAUUUUACCUGUGUAAAAUGCCCAUUGAAUAAAUACUAUUAACCAAUUCGUAUGGAAGCAAACGGCUAAUGUAUAGAAUGUCCUGAAUUAUGUGAAGUUUGCGAAAGAAGAUCGGAAACAGAAAUUUAUAAUCUAAAUCCAAACUUUAAGUUUAGUGAACUAAACAUGAAAUAUACAAACAAAUGUAUCAGAAAAAUUUCAAAUCCAAAUGUCCUUAUUGAUCCAUACUUUUUAAUUGCUAAAUAUUGUUUUGCUUCAAAUUGCAAUUAAGAAAUGAUUAUUGAAAUAGCUAAUUAUUUUGAUAUUGAUUCUUAGGUUAAUGUCUAAUAUUGUAAUUAAAUAGGAAUCACUAAUUUAUCUAUUCUUCUUAAUAAGAAAAAUGAGAUUGACUCUAAUAAUAAUGUUAUGAAAAAGACAGAAUUGAAAUCAGAAAUUUUUAGUUUAAGAGUUAUCAAGCUUGUAAUAAAUUUUUAUGAAAAUGAGGUUAAUUUUUUUAUUUUUUAAGGAUUUGACUUUAUAGAAAUAAAUGAUGCCCAUUUCUAAUUCAAAAAUUAUGAUCAUAUUUAACUUGAAAAUAAAAACUAGUCAGUGUAUCUAUAAUUAACAAACAUUGUGAUUAAUUAGAGUUCAAUUUCUAAUGUCAAUUCUAUUUUCGAUUCAGAUAUACUUGGAGAUAUUACUUUAAAGAAUAUUUAAAUAAUGGAUUCAAAUUUUUCAAACUCUUCAUUUUUUAAUUUUAAAUAGCAUUAAUAUUCAGGAAUAAUAAAAAUUGAAAAAAUGAUUUUGCAAUAUUGCAACUUUACAAAUUCUUAAUUAUUUGUAUUUUUUAACAAUCAAAUCAAAAUUUAGAUUGAGAAAUUAAUUAUUGAUUCAUGCUAAUUUGUAAAUACUUCAUUUAUCACUUUCUUCACAGAGUUCAUCUCUGAAAGCUAAUUUGUAGCCUAUGGCAUAACAUUAACAUCUAACUAGUUUUAGUCCUCAUAUUUUUUAAAUACUACUAACCAUUUUAAACUUCAGAUAAUUAACUUUAUUUUUGAAUAAAAUUAGGUAGAAAUGUCAACCAUAAUAGGAUUUAGCUCCAAUUUAACCUUGCUUUAGACCUAAUUUAAUAACAAUAAAUUUAUUGAUUCUUAUUUUUUGGCUGCAAUGUAGGUUGAUAAUAUGAGAAAAAUUAAUGUGUUGAUUGAAAAUUUAUAAAUUUAUCAAAAUGAUUUCAAAAACUCCACUUUCUUAUACAUCGAAUAAACUAUUUAAAAUGAAAAUUUAAUUAAGGAGGUACGCCAUCAUUAAUAAUAAAUCACUCCAUUUAAUAUUCAUUGUUACCAAUUAAAUGUUGAGAAUAUUAAGAUUAUUAAUUCAAAUAAUUCCCUCAUAUUCUAUCUUCUAGAAAUUAAAAAAUUCUUUGCUUCAAAUAUUGUAUAUGAGAAUCUUGAAAUAAAUUAUAAAGCCAGUCUUAAUUUAAAUUGUGCGCAAUAUAAUUAUUAUGUUCAAAAUUAGCUCCUUUUUAUCGUUGGCUUCGAUACAAUUGUAAUAGAAAACAUUAAAAUUUACUAAUAAUUGAGUAUUGAUUAAUCAUUGUUGAGGAUAUUAUCAAGUAGAAAAAAUUUAUAAGUUUAAAAUAGUAUAUUUCAAUUGACAAAUUUAUAGUUUAUAGGAAACUUAUUAAUAAAAUAGUCAUUAACCAGUAUUUGCUCUCUUAUUACAAUAGAAUCUGAAUAAAUAUCUCACAUAAAAUUGCAUAAUUUAGUUUUUGUAAGAAAUUUCAUACAUUCUUACGUCGAUACUUCAUUAGAAUCUUCAAUCAAGUUAAUCUCAAUAAUAUCACAGGCAGGAACCAUUGAGAUUACGAAUUUUUCUUGUUAGAAUAAUGCAUUAACGAAUACUUCAAAUUCAUUUCUCUCUUUUCAAUCAAAAAUAAUCCGAUUAACAAAUUAUACCAUUUAAAACCUUAAUGUAUUACCCUAAGAAAUAUGGAAAUUAUAUUAUGAUAUCUCAAUAGACAUGACUUAAUAUGAUUAGGAACAAAUCAAUCUAAUCAUUUAAUAAAUUCUCAAUAUAUAAAGCAAAGGUGGAGCAGGUCUAAUUACUGCGUCAACCUUUUUCUGCCUUAAUUGUUUAUUUGAGGAUAUAAUUGGAUAAAAAAGUUCGAUAUUUGAGAUAAGGAUUUAAGAAGUUGGAGAUAUCUAAUUUAUAAAUCUAACGAUAAGAUCAACAGAAUAUGAUUUAUCCUAAGUAAUAGAUAGUACAGGUUGUAUUACUAUUGAUUCAUCUAGCAGUUUACUUAAUUUAAAAAUCCUUUAGGCAGUAUCUUAAAAUAUCUUCAAUCGAAUGGCAUCAUCAAUUUUUACAAUAUUUCCUUCAUUAAAGAAGAAUGUUCCAAAUCUCUAAGAUAUCUAAAUUAUAAAUUCGAUUUCAUUAAAGAAUACAAUAAUCAAUUUAUAAUCUUAAACAUAAAAUAUGAAUUAAAAUAAAGUGAUUAUUAGAAAUAUGACAAUAUAAUAAGACAAAGAUAUUUGGAUUAAGUAUUUAAAAAAGCUUGAAAUGAUUACCUAAUCUGAAAUAGAAGAUUUAUCUAGCACUUCAAUUGCCUUGAUUCAAUUAAAAAAUUGUAAAGUUGUUAUGUAAAAUAUUCAUAUUUAAGGAUAUUUUGGCUUUACUUUAAUUAAAUUGAUUAAUAUUUCAAAGCUAUUUAUUUAUUAAUUUAAGGUGUAUGAUGUUAAAUCAUUUUCUUAAUUCAGUCUAUUUGAAUUAAAAUAGGAUUUAUUGAUUAAGUAAACCAUAAUAAUUAAAUUCUUCUAAUUGUAGUAAUUUACAAUAUUGGAAUAUUCAGAUGAUCCAAUCAUCUUCAAUCCUAAAAUUAAGUACAUGAACUUAGAUUGCAAUUAAGUUGAAUAUACCUUAUAGAACCCCAUAAUUUACAAUUUUUAAGAUUUCUUUUCCCUCGCAUACAAAAAUUGGAGACAGAGGUCAAUAAUUGACAUUCAAAGUAUUUCAAAUCAGACAGUUUUUUUCCUGGAAAAUAUCCUUUUUUCCAAUAUUGAUUGUAUCAUUUGCACAAAUGGAAUAUUUUACUUAAAUAUGGAAAAUUAUAGUUCAAUAUUAAUAAGAGACUUAAUGUGUAAUUCAAAUAUACUUUAAAGUUAUGGGUGCCUAAAUUUUGUAUCACAAAUUGGAUAAAAUUAAAAUUUAAGGAUUUGGAAUUCAAAUUUUAUUUCUAAUUUUGGUGGUACUGAUGGUGCAGCCCUACAUUUAGCUAACAUUUCCACAAGGAUUACACACUGUAAAAUCAUAAAUAAUAGUAAUGUUGCCUAAGGCGCUUUAGAUCUAGAAAUAAAUCAAUAAACUUUGGUGAUGUAAGAUACUAUAAUUUUAGAUAAUGAGGCAAGCAAUGGGCCUGGAAUUUAUUUCUAUGGUGAAUUUAACAUCAUAUAAGAGAAUUUUAUUAGAACAUUCUUGUAAUUCAACAGGGAUAAAUAAAAUCCAAAUAAUAUAUUUGAAUUUCCAACCCAUUUAAGCUUAUUUAUAAAUUCUUAAGAAAUGUAAUCAGAAGAACUUUAAAUUAACAAUAUUACUGUUAGAAGUCUUCUGCUUAAACCUUAUAAAAUAUUAGAGCAAGGAGUUUGUAAAAUGAGUUCAAAUUUGAUGAUCCCAAGUGACUAAGCAAUCAACUAGUAUAAAAUUUAUAUUCCUUCAUUACAAAUCAGUUAGAAUCUUUUUGAUGACCUUUCAAUAAAAUUAAAGAAUAGUAGAAAUGAAUUAGUGGUAAAUUAAUAACUUUUCACUUGUCAAAUCUCACAAACAACUUUAGAAUUAAAUUAAGAUUUUUAUUUAAACGAAUCU